AUGCCGUUAUACAUUGGUCGACGAAGGCGCGUUGUCCGCCGACUGCUGAAGCCACGGUACUUCAUCGACCCUGAGGCGAAUGCCAAGAGGAUGUGGGACCUCCUACUCACGGGCCUUGUGCUGUACACCACGUUGGUCGUGCCGUACCGAGUGUGCUUUCAAGUGGAAGCUGCAGGAGGCUUCGCCAUCCUCGAGACCAGCAUGGAUGUGGCUUUCUUCGUUGACAUCGUUCUCAACUUCGUAACCGGCCUCCAGUUGCCCUCUGGCGAGGUGUCGUACAACUUCCGAGUGAUUGUGAAGGCGUACCUGCGUGGCUGGUUCGUUGUGGACUUUUGCUCGACUCUUCCGUUCGAGUCGAUUGCCAAACUCUUUGGAGUGGGGGACAACGCUCACGCUGCUCUGUUAUCAGCGAAGCUGCUCCGUGGACUUAAGGUACUUCGGCUGUUCAAGCUCGCGCGCAUCCGCCGUCUCGGCAAAGUUUUCGCGAAUCUCGAGGAUGCCGUCUACACCAACCAGAGUCGUGUGUCGCUAGCCAAGCUGGCACUGACGAUGCUCUUCAUCGCUCAUCUGGUGGCCUGCCUGUGGUACGCAGUUGGGAGAGCAGACUCAACUGAGUCGUGGCUUGUCGUCCUUGCCAACGACCCAGCAGGCCACGUUGUUGAUACCAAUUCUCUCCAAUACGUCCGUUCGGUGUAUUGGGCCAUCGUCACCAUGACAACUAUCGGAUACGGCGACAUUGUCGGGCACAACAACUAUGAGAGGAUGCUCAACAUCGCAGUGAUGGCCGUGGGAGUGUCUUUCUUUGGUUAUGUGAUCGGAACCAUUUCAACUCUCGUCACGAAUCUGGAUGUGGCAGCAGCGCGGUACGAUGAGCGCAUGACGGUGGUCAAGGAAUACAUCAUCUCGCGCCGGAUGCCCAAGUACAUUGGCAACAAAAUUCGCCACCACUUUGAGUACUUUUACCAAAACCGCUCGGUUUUUAACGAGAGUCUGAUCCUGAACCGGCUGCCAUCCGCACUACGGAACGAAAUGAUUCAUCACGUUCAUGCCAAGAUCGUGUCAAGUGUGAAAUAUUUUGUCAAAUGCCCCGAGAGCCUGAUCAGCGACAUCGUCAUGGCAAUGCGUCCGUUUGCAAUGCUAAAGGACGAGUACAUUUAUGUUGAGCACGAAAUUGCAGCCCACGUGUUUUUUAUCAUCAAAGGCAAGGUUCAACUCGUGAAGACAGCGAAACGCGGGAAGGAAGACACGCGACUGUCGUCAUUAGGUGUUGGCGACCAUUUCGGCGAGGUAAUGUACUGUACGCGCUAUCCAGAAACUCUGUCCUAA